UUCUUUCUGGUUCAGACAUUGGCCAUCAAGUACUCAUACGUCACCACUUCAAUGGUGACUAUUUUUAUAUGGGAAUGUUUCGAACACCUGGUAACAAGGAUGAGGCAUGUGGGUGAAACAUUCGUGGUAGCUCUAAAUCAAGAUUGCUACGAAAAGAGAAGGAGUCAUCUCAACAGGGCAAUAGAAUACCAUAAUUUCUUACUAAGAUGUGCUAAUUUGAUGAUUGAAUCAUUCAAAGAGAGUAUCAUUAUACAUAUUGUUCAAACUGGUAUGCUUCUGGGAUGCAUAGGUUAUCAACUAAUCCAGGUAGGUCCGAUAUGAAAUAAACAUGUGGUAC